AUGUUCUACAAUAUUCAUCUAUUAUUUUUAUAUUUUAUUUUAAUUGGAAUAAUUAUUAAUAAAGAAAAUUUAAAAAAUAAUAAUGAAAAUGCCUGUGCUUCUCCUGUAUUUAUUCCAUCUCAAGACCCUUCUUCUAUGUCAAAUGCUAGAUGUUCCGAUUUAAUAAUUUAUCCAAUAAAUGCUGUUGAUCAAUCAGAUCAAUAUAGAUUUGACUAUAGCGAUGUUGGAUUUGGUAAUACACACGGAUUGGGGGCUUCUGUGACGGUAACAUGCACAACUGAUAGUCAACCAGCUACUGUUGAGGGAUAUGAUCAACAAAGGGCUUCUAUAACAUCAUCCCCUGCGUUAAUAGCUAGUUGUUCUCAAGUAGAAGGAUCACAAUAUACUUGGGUAAAUAUUAGAGCUUCACCGGAAGUUCUAGUUCCGUAG